ACUACAAAAAUAAAGAAUUUAGUGUUAUUUGUAAAAAAAGCUUCAUACUUUACUUAAAGAAAAAGAAAAUGACGCAUUAUGAAUUAUUGCUUGUUUGUAGGCAAAUGGCCCGAUCGGAACUGAUUUCAGUCCUAAAACGCACAGCUAAAUCGAUAUUAAAUAACGGAGGUAUUAUUAGAAACUUGGAAAAUCUUGGUUCACGUGGUCUGCCCUACAAAAUCAGCGAACACGGGCUGGUACAUCGGGAGGGCAAUUAUUUUAGCAUAAACUUUAACGUUGCUCCCCAAAAGGUGGCCGAUUUGCGUGAGGAAUUUGGUCGUGAUAUUGACAUUAUCAGACGAAGCAUUUACAGAGUAGUAGAGCCGGAAAAGUAUGAAUGUACUUUGCCUGAGGAAAUGUUGCCGCCAGCUUAUCGUAAAGACGUUUUAGAUAUGAUUGAAAUAGCGAAACGUAACCACAAACCUAAAUAUAAUUAUAAUAGUGGUUUGGACUAUUAUCCAUUCCAAAAGUAAAAAAUUUAUAUGA